AAGAAUUACUUUCUUAUUCUGUGACGUACAAGUGAGUCAAUUGAUGACGGAGCGAAUCUAAAUUUCUAGAAAAGAUGGCUGGUGCUGUGUUGUUUGAAAGGGCUCGGGCAGUGUCGACAACAGAUAGGGAAGAAGGAAUUCAUCUUUUGAAUAAAAUUGUACAAGAACAAGAAAUUGCGGAGGACGAUGAAGAUAAUAUUCGACUUAAGGAACAAGGUAUUCUCCAACUCGGUGAGUUAUAUAAAAAGGAGGGUAAAGCCAAAGAAUUGGCUGAUCUCAUCAAGGCCACAAGACCCUUCCUCUCUCUUAUAAGUAAAGCAAAAGCAGCAAAACUGGUGAGAUCUCUAGUUGACUUUUUCCUGGACCUUGAGGCAGGGAUUGGUAUAGAGGUACAGUUAUGUAAGGAAUGUAUAGAAUGGGCAAAAGAAGAAAGAAGAACUUUCUUGCGCCAGUCACUUGAGGCUCGUCUGAUUGCCCUGUAUUUCGACACUGGGAUGUUUUCAGAAGCUCUGGCACUUGGUUCAACACUGCUCAAGGAACUAAAAAAAUUAGAUGACAAAAAUCUGUUAGUUGAAGUACAACUUUUAGAAAGCAAAACAUAUCAUGCUUUGAGUAAUCUCCCAAAGGCAAGAGCAGCCCUUACUUCUGCACGUACAACAGCGAAUGCAAUUUAUUGCCCCCCAAAACUACAAGCAGCAUUAGAUCUUCAGUCUGGAAUUCUACAUGCAGCAGAUGAAAAGGAUUUUAAGACAGCAUAUUCAUACUUUUAUGAGGCAUUUGAGGGGUAUGACAGUGUUGAAUGUCUGAAGGCAUUAACAGCACUGAAGUACAUGCUCUUGUCCAAAAUAAUGCUGAAUAAUCCCGAAGAUGUCCAGCAGAUUAUCAGUGGAAAAUUGGCUUUGAAGUAUGCAGGGAACGAAAUAGAAGCGAUGAAGUCUGUAGCCCAAGCAAGUCACAAGAGGUCCCUAGCAGAUUUUCAGCAAGCACUGAAGAACUACAAAGUUGAGUUAGAGGAUGAUGUCAUUGUACGUGCACAUCUUGGUACCCUUUAUGACAACAUGCUGGAGCAGAAUCUCUGUAGAAUAAUUGAACCAUAUUCACGAGUUCAGGUUGACUACAUCUCUCAGUCCAUAAAGUUACCUACUCAGCAAGUUGAGAAGAAGUUAUCACAGAUGAUUUUGGAUAAGAAGUUCCAUGGAAUUCUGGAUCAAGGUGAAGGUGUUCUGAUUGUAUUUGAGGAAAAACCUGUUGACAAGACAUACGAGACAGCACUUGAGACAAUCCAUAGCAUGGGAAAAGUUGUAGACACACUUUAUCAGAAAGCAAAAAAACUUUCAUAAUCUACAAUGCUUCCACCAUGAACAUUAAAAAUUCUGCAACGUCCAGUUAUUUCCAUACAUAUGCAUGUGACAGCUGCAGUGUAAUAAUAAUAAUUUCUUUGCAUCUAAAGUAUUUAAUGCAGAAAUAUUUAAAUUAUUGAACAUGUAGUUGCUAUGCGAUUUAACAAUUUUUCCCCCCUAAUGCUGUCCAGAGUGAUUCAUAUUAAUACUCUGUGUUGUGGCUGGACCAGAUUGUAUAUUUAUUUUCUAACAGGUAUUUGUCAGUGAUAUGGUCUGAGUAAUCCUAAAUUAGGAGGGGGUUAACUAUUUGCAGGUUCCAGUGCAAAUUCUAAUACAUGUUGGUAGACAUGCAUGAUGCAUGUCUACCAACAUAUAUGAAUAAUUUUUCAUUUGUUUCUAUGCAGUGUAUUCUUUUAAAGACCUAAUUUACACCCAAGAAGGAGUAAUAUUAAUUUUUUUUAACUGAUUCUGCUGUUAAUUUUUUGUUUUCCAGUUCUGAAAGACCUGUAAUUUAAAAUCAUUACUUUUGAAUAAGCUUUUCUUCAUGUAUUUUGUAUGUUACCCUGUGGUUUGAUUAAAUAUUUUACUGUUCAUAUAAAGUUCUGUAUUAAUUCUGUGAAUCUGUACUUCCUAAACUCUUGGCCAGAUAUUCAUAAUUAUGUAUGGUAAUGCUUCAGAUAUCUGUAACAAAAUACCUCCAUAGCUACUAAAUUUUUAGUAAUAUAACCACAUUUUUGUUUGCAAACAAAUUAAUUUCUUAAGUUAUACACUUAUUGUACCUAAAGAUCUAAUUUCUUAAAUUAAAUAAUCUGUUCAACCAGUAUGUCAAAUGUAGAAAUGUUUUCCUUAGAUCCUGAUAAUAAACAGGGUUAUAAAUAAUUUUACUUUGUACUGUUGGAUUAAAAUGAUCUUAAAUAAAAAAAAUGUAUCUGUUGGA